GGACGGCCCAUGUUCAACUCUUUUGCACCCGCGCCCCAGCACUAUCCCUGAUGCGACCGGUGGGAUCCCCAGAACACAGCGGGAGAUCCUCUCCUGGCCCUACAGUUCUGAACCCCUUUCAUCUUUCGGCCGAGGGAAGCGAAGUCUUCUAGCCAAUACGCUGAUUCUCCGUUGCAGGGGAUGGAGACUCCCGGAUCGUCGGCUACUAUGGUUCAAGCCUCCAGCAUUAGGUAGAUUGGGGCGGGAUGGAAGCGAAGAGGGGCGUAUGGAAAGGGUCAAGAGAACGAACAUUGAUAAACGACUCGAUUCCCGCCAGUAUGUGCAAUGGCCUAGCUUUGAAUUCUCUUCCGUCGUCUUUUGCCAUUCACUUCCAUUCUUUUCUUGUUACCUUGACGUAACUUUCCACGUUCUUUUUACAAGUCUCUCUCUACAAGUCUCUCAUUUCCAACAUCCUCGCCAACAUGCGUUUCUCAACCAUCACAGCAGCCGGUCUGCUCGCCUCCGGCGUCAGCGCCAACCUGCACGAGCUCGCCGUUGCGGCCGGCAAGAAGUACUUUGGCACGGCCACGGAUAACUCUGAGCUCACCGACACGGCCUACGUCGAGAUCCUGAAGGAUGCAAAGAUGUUCGGCCAGAUCACCCCUGGUAACGGCCAGAAGUGGCAAUUCACCGAGAAGAGCCAGGGAGUCUUCAGCUACACCUCUGGCGACGAGAUCGCCGACUUCGCCAAGACGAACAGCAAGCUUCUCCGCUGCCACACCCUCGUCUGGCACUCUCAGCUCCCUACCUGGGUGUCUUCCGGCACCUGGACCAAGGAGCAGCUGACCUCCAUCAUCGAUACUCACAUCUCCAACGUCGCUGGCCACUACAAGGGCCAGUGCUACGCGUGGGACGUUGUUAACGAAGCUCUUAACGAGGACGGUACCUACCGCGACAGUGUCUUCUACAAGGUUCUCGGAACAGACUUCAUCCCCAUCGCCUUCAAGGCCGCUGCCGCCGCCGAUGCGGACGCGAAGCUUUACUACAACGACUACAACAUCGAGCUGGCAGGUAACAAGCAGAAGGAGGUCCUCAACAUCAUCAAGAACAUCAAGGACUCUGGUGCCCGCAUUGACGGUCUCGGCCUCCAGGCUCAUCUCAUUGUCGGUAGCGCUGGUUCCCGCUCUGCCCUGAGCGCCGUCCUCCAGUCCUACGUCGACGCUGGUGUCACCGAGGUCGCCUAUACCGAGCUCGACAUCCGUCACAAGGCCAUCCCCGCCGACACUGCUGCCCAGGAACAGCAAGCCACCGACUAUGUCAGCGUUGUCGGCGCCUGCUUGGAUAUCGCCGAGUGUGUUGGCGUCACCAUCUGGGACUACACCGACAAGUACUCUUGGAUUCCCUCGGUCUUCCCCGGCACCGGCGAGGCCCUUCCCUGGGACAAGGAUCUGAAGCCUAAGCCUGCCUACACCAGCAUCUCCAGCCUUCUCGCCGCCGCCGGCAAGGGCGGUGCUGCUCCUGCCACCUCUGCUCCCGCAGUUGCUACCAGCGCCGCUGCUGCCGUCACCACUUCCGCUGCCGCAGCCGCCCCUACCUCCGAGUCUGCUGCCGCCGAGCCCUCAGUCCCUGCUGCUGAGCCUUCCGUCCCUGAGAGCUCUGCCCCCGCUGUGCCAGUCACCACCCCCAAGGCCAGCGUCCCUCCUGCGACUCCUGCGCCUGCUACCACCCUCAGCACUGUUGUGAAGAGCAAGUGCGGUGGUGGUGCUACUGCCGAGGCCGCUUCCAGCGCCCCUGCGGCUGCUGCCACCGGCGGUGCCGCUCGCUGGGCUCAGUGCGGUGGCAACGGAUUCACCGGCUCUACUACGUGCCAGUCCGGCCUCACCUGCCAGAAGCAGAACGACUACUACAGCCAGUGCGUCUAGACGAGGGUCUUCAUGCAGCCGUGAAGGAGGAAGGAUGAAACGUGGAGGGGAUUGCUCAGGACAGCAUUCCAUUGAGACAGUAGAGGAUUCGUGUACAUAUCUUUGAAGCCAAUAGGUACAUAUACUUCACAUAUGUUGA